AUGUUGCUCGUGCUUGGGAAACGCAAGGCCACUAGAUAUGUUUUACACAGCAGUGACAUUUCUGCGAGUCCACGACCCGAGCCAUCGACCUCAACUGCGAAUCUCACCGUUUACGAUACCCCAGCUGAGCCUUCCUCAAAGAAAGCCCGCCAUCCUUGCACGUAUUCUGGAUACACAAAGUCUUACUCAAAGGUAGCACACGCAAAAAGCCAUCUUCCCGAGUCAGAACACCCUUACGUAUGUAACAAUCUGACCUUCCGGCACCUCCAUUGCACGGUAGAGGGCUGCAACGAGGUGUUUGCCAAGCACCAUCAACUGCGAUCUCGUACCUACCAAGCACACGCACUGCCCCCAGGUACGAAAUUUUACACGUGCACACAUCCAGGGUGCACCAAAUUCUUCAAUACGAGCCACAAACUCAAAAGUCACGUCAAGACUCACGACGAUUCGUACACUUUUUGGGUCCAUAAACGUUGUACGUGUGCACGCCCAAACUGUUUACCUUCAUCCAACACUGACUCUACAUAUUACCCGAUAUGGAUAUCCUCCAGGCUCAUAUACGCGAGGCCCACCCAGGGCCACCCUCCAACAUGCAUGCAUUUCUCAUGCAACAGACAAAUCUUCGCUUCCCAACACAAUCUACGCGCUCAUCAGAAACUACACGAACAACAAGAGCUAGAGGCUGUCCUAGCGGACGUAGAACCAUCAGAAGCAACAGACUUGCCUCGCAAACGUAGACGCGGCGGAGAAGUGGGCAGAGACUGGAAAUGCGACAAAUGCAGGAAAGAAUUCAAAUCUAUGAAAGCCCUCACGACGCACAACGUGAUUCAUUUGGGCCACAGAAAUCAUGUCUGCCCACAUCAACAUUACUCCAGUGCCUUUAGCUAUAAAAAGCUCCUCGACAGGCAUCUGGCCAAGAUCCAUAGCGCAAGGAGCGAUCAAUCUGUCGCAGAUCCAUCCGAGUCAGAUGGUGCUACAACCACUGACGCUGAUACUGACUGUCCUGACAAUGAAUCGGCAGACUCAAUAGCGCACUUGAGCAUCGAUCGCAUCACCGAACACGCUUAUUCUCCCCGCAGUCGCAUGCCGACGUCAAAAACCAUAUGGUGUCCAUACCCCAACGUUGAGGACCUACUGCUAUUGCCUCUGGAAAUUCCGCUUUCCGGCUCUUCAGCGCACUGCCAUCGUAUCUUAACGUACAAGAGCAAGGUAGACUCUUGGGUAAGAUCGCAUAGAGGCAGCGCUCGGAGAUCUUGAUAUCCGUCUGUUACGGGAGACGUCCUGUCUACAGUUUUGUUCAGCUUUUCGAUGUUCCCAUUUCAUACCCUUCUUGAUGUGGGAAGUUGAUCUGUGUUUUCUCUCGAGCCUAGGAAAUGGAGGGUAGGAAUGGUAUAAAUGCACGCAAAUAUAGUGUUUGCGAUGCGUUUA